AUGUCCAAUAACAGUACUACGACCCAUGCUACGGCGUCCGCGGGAACCGACGCGCUCCGCAACCCUAGUCCGGUGGUGCGGGCGAAUAGUAUGCGAGCUGGACUACUCAAUCGUGGAAGGACUCUCGGUAUUGGAUGCUGGAAUGUACGAACGUUCCUGGACCCUGGUACCCAAAGUCUGACCGCACGCAGCCUUCAUCAGUACAACGUGGAUGUCUGCUGUCUGUCUGAGGUACGACUUCCUGACUCGGGCUCUCGUGAAAUAAAGAUCCCGGGAGUCGAAUCCCACUUCACUCUGUACCACAGCGGCCCCCGCGAUUCCUCUGGUCGACACGGUGUGGCGAUCGCCUUAUCACAACAAGCGGAGCUUGCGCUACUUGCUUGGGAACCAGUAAAUGACCGGAUGGCCUACGUGCGACUGAAGGGUCACUUCACGAACAUCUCCAUCGUCGCUGUGUACGCACCAACUUCGGCUGCCGAACAGCGCGAUAAAGAGGCGUUUUACUCUCAGUUGCAAGCACUAGUUGAAAGACUGCCUCGCCGCGAUCUGCUGAUUGUUGCUGGCGAUUGGAAUGGUCGAACUGGACCUGGCGACCCCACAACCAGUCAUCUUCUUGGCCUCUUUGGGCUUGGUUCUCGAUGCGAAAAUGGUGAGAGAUUGCUGAACUUCGCUGAUCGAAACCGACUGCUUGUCACCAACACAUGCUUCCAGCAUCGCAAAAAACAUCUGCUGACCUGGUAUUCAAACGACGGUCGUACGGCCAGUCAGAUUGACUACAUACUAGUCAGCUCAAGGUUCCGCAGCUGGGUUCAUGAUAGCAGAUCGAUGCGUGGUGCCGAGACUGGUAACGCCCAUGGGUCGGAUCAUGUCCUCGUCCGUACACGCCUGAAAGUUCACCUCUCAUCCGUACCAAAAAUGCCACGUCCUAGACGCCUCAAUGUCGCAAAAAUCCGGCAAGCCAGCACUGCCGAGGCCCUAAGCGGAGAAAUCCGGACCUGUUUUACGGCCCGAGUCGACGGAGAAGUCAGUAACCAGUGGUCGUCACUGAAGACAUCAGUCUAUGGGGCAGCUGAGAAAAUCCUUGGAUACACCCAGCGACGCCGCAGUGACUGGAUCAGCGGAAGAACCCUGGAGUUGUCUGCUCAGACGGCUAGAGCCAGGUCCCGCAACGAUGACCAUUUCCGCCAACUUCGGAAGAUGACGGCAAAAUCGGCUAGGGAUGACCGGAAACAAUAUUGGGCUGAAAUAGCGACAUCCAUGGAACAGGCCUCGAACGUUGGUGACACUCGAAAGCUCUACCGUCUGAUCCGCCAAGUUAGCGGUAAGCCCUCUACACUGAGUGACUCUGUUCGCGAUGUGAACGGCGGCUUUAUUGCUGACAACUCGGCCAAAGUCGAGCGCUGGCGUGAGCACUUUGAGCACCAUCUCAACUUCGAUACCCAACCUGCAUCGCCCUUGCUCUCCUCCUCAGCGGAGUUUCUUCCCUCUCCUACCUAUGCAGUGCCAUGCGAUCCCCCCUCCGAGGAAGAAGUCGCCGAUGCCAUACGAAAGUUGCGCAACAAUAAGGCACCCGGAGAGGACGGUAUACCCGCUGAAAUCUUUAAAUCUUGUGUCGACACUCUGGCGCCCUGGCUCCAUGAGGUAAUUGAACGCGCGUGGAGAGACGAAGUUGUUCCUGAUGACUGGGGCUUAGGCAUCCUUGUACCUAUCCUCAAGAAGGGAGAUAAGACGAGAUGUGAGAACUACCGCGGCAUAAGUCUCAUCGACGUUGCUGCGAAGAUCUUCGCUAUUGUCCUACUCGGACGAUUCCAGGCUGUGCGUGACUCAAGGACGAGGCCCAACCAAGCCGGAUUUCGUGCUGGACGUGGAUGCGCAGAUCAGAUAUUCACACUGAGGCGCAUUCUCGAAUUUCGCCAUAGCUACCAACAACCGACGGCCGUCUGCUUCGUUGACUUUGCCGCCGCGUUCGAUUCCGUUCACCGUGAGUCCCUGUGGCGGAUAAUGGCGCUAGAUGGUGUACCGGCCAAAAUCGUCGCCAUGAUCAAGGCCUACUAUCGUUCCACUACUGCGAGAGUCCUGGUCCGUAACAAUUUUUCCCAACCGUUCGGUAUUCGGUCUGGCGUCCGACAGGGUUGUAUACUGUCACCCAUACUGUUCAACUACGCUAUUGACUGGAUCCUCGGGAGGGCGCUACGCGACAGUGACGGUGUUGAAUUUGCACCCGGACAUCGACUGACUGAUCUCGACUAUGCCGAUGAUAUCGCCUUACUUGCUUCAAGUUUUGGUGAUCUGCAGUCUAUGGUGUCACGAGUGAACGAGGUCGCUAAAUCAGUCGGUAUGUCCAUAAACGCUGGGAAGACCAAAGUAUUCUCAAGCUGCAUUCCUGACCAGGAGAAGGCACCCCUGGGGAUUGAUGGCUGUCAACUUGAAGAAGUGGACAGUUUUAAAUACCUGGGGGCGCGGCUGCUGCCUAAUGGACAGAGUAAGGACGACAUUGUCUCCCGAAUCGAUGCUGCCCGCUGGGUUUUUUCAAGCCUUCGGAAAUGCCUGUGGAACCGACGUGACCUCUCCAUCGCCACUAAGAUUCGCGUGUACCGUGCAUCUGUCCGGUCUGUCCUUCUCUACGGUUGUGAGUGCUGGGCUUUGCGUGUGGCGGAUGAGCGAAAACUGGAGGUAUUUGACCACCACUGCUUGAGGAUCAUCCUUCGAGUGAAGUUAACCGACUUCGUCUCAAAUGAGAUAGUCCGCGCUCGCUGCGACAACAUCGCGAGGAUAACUCAGGCCACCCAAGAAAGACGACUGAGGUGGUUCGGGCAUGUUCUUCGUCGUCCACCUCAGGAGCUCAGUGUUACUGCCCUCGAUCCGGCACCGUUGCCCAAUUGGAGGCGUCGAAGAGGGGGUCAGUUCAAAACCUGGCUCGACACUGUCCGUCAAGACAUGGAGGUGGUUCUUGGACCUUCGGUAUUCGGUCUCCGUCGUUGGCGAAGGGAAUGGGUUGAACUGUCUAGAUCUGCGGCCGCGGAUCGUCACGCGUGGAGAGGUACAAUUCGGGACAUCAUCGAGGCCGGCUAGAUCAGGCAUGAUCGCAGCCGUACCAAGUACAAGUAAGUAAAGUUGUGACUUACGAGCCUCCCAUUUGGCUUUGGCGGCUGUGAUCCGGUUUGCUUCGUAGGUGGCUGCUCUGGUCUUCAUUUUUCUUCAGCAUACCGGUCUGUUCUGAGCUAGAUCCUCCGAGAUCUCCGGCUGGAUCUGCAGCCGUUUCAGAGAGUUCUUCAAAGUGUCCUUGUAGCAUCUUUUUGUUCUCCUGGUCAAAGAGUACCCGUGACGACAUCACUAUAGAAUAGUUGUUUUGGUAGACGUGUGACCUCCGUCUUCACGAGAUGGCCGCUCCGACGUAGCUGCAGUUGCGUCAACAUGGCGUGAAUGCUAAGGGUGCCGGUCGGUUCUAGGUCUUCCGAUUGACUCCGGUCUGGCUCGAAGUCAAUUGUACACGGUGUUGUCUUUUACCAGCCUGUCGUACUUGGGAAAUUCCUUCGAACUCACAGUUUGCGGGCCAACAGUUCAGGGAGCAGCAUAUUUGACGAGAAACAAAAAAGCUCGGAAGGUAGGCUAUGUGCUCUUAUAUUGUGUUUAACUCACAUAAGUACUUCACUUGAACAGAAAGCUGAAAAGAGGGGGCAAGAUCUUCGUGUAGGGUAAACAUCCAGUUGCGGUCCAUGACACCGCUGUACUGUCUGACAGAUAACCUGGUCUUACAAAUUCCUUUAAAACAUAUGAACUGGAAGCUUGUGCAGAUUGUUUCUUAACGGGCGGUCAUGCUGUUAAGGGUUUUGUCAGGAACAAAGAGCACGUGGACAGUCAACAAAAUUGUCGUUUUCACUUAUAAAUCGAGUUUGUCUCCUUACUAGUGACUGCACUUAACUUACGGAGUUGGGUUUCAAUGUCCGAUUUCCUCCACCGUCCAGAGCGUAGGCCCUCUUUUGGACUCUAGGCUUAGUUCUGCUCUUUCCCAUUUGUCGCCGCUACUUGACUGGUGCUCAUUUUGUACUUCGUCGGUUCUUUUUUGGUUGCACCAGGUCAUGGGUUCCGAACUCCGUUGAGGCGAUCACCGCGGUUCCACUCGUCACGGCCUACCCAUCACAUUCCAACUCUGAGGCACCGGCAUGCGCUAAGUUCUCUGUGGCAGGUCUAUUUGGCAAUCUGCCCCCCGAAGCCGCUGUUGUUGGCCUAUCUGAAGUCGUAAGUCUCUCUGUCUCUCUCCCCCGCCUUCAAAACCCUUUCUCUCCUCCGGGUGGCGAGACACGCUUGCCGUUCGAAGGCGUUUUUAUUGCGAUUUCGAGCCCAGCAACUGUGAAAAUGUUAGUUUACUGUUAGAACGGCGAAAUUAGAAGGUGAAGAAGGCCAUUUUGUAAGUAUUUUUACCAUUUGAAUUUUAUGAAAUCGUGGCUCUCCGGUCUUGAUUUGGCAAUGCAGACUCGCCACACCAAACCGGUGAAAUCCUUCGGAGUAGUGUGACGUUGAAAAAGCGGGCUUAGACUCUUGAUUCGACGGCAAUAUCUAGUGGGCUAGGUCUUUUUAUCCUGUUGGAGAUCUAAACCUCCUCUGCUACUCGACAACCUCCCACUGCAUCGCAGCUCACUGGGUCAGCAUCCUAAAUAAUGCAAGGUAUCCUUUCUCCGGAAUCUGAGUAUGCCCACCCGUCCCCUUCAUCUACUCUACAUUUUAAGAGUUCAGGCAAAUCCCCUCAGAGAUCCUUUCAAAACCUCAUUCCUGUUGCUGGUGUCACCCGCGUUUGUAUGAGGUGUGUGCAAUCACAGUAACCGUCUUCUGUAAUUCCACCCUACUUUAGGUGGCUUCCCAGCCCUACAGUCAAGCAACCAAGUGCUUACACCGACCGAUGCCUCGGGAUGGAAAGAUACUGAUUGGGUGUUCAGCAUUGAUGGGACCCCGACGGGUCUUUAAUAAAAAAUUAUACUGUAUGCAGCAUGCUCUCAUAGAGGCAUAUUAAGUCCCCUGUGAAAACCAAUCAAAUACCUUGGAUAACCCCGUUCGUGAGAGAGUUCGCCACUUGUACAGCGGUUAAUCUGUGCACUGUUUUCCGACGUCGAUUUGAGAGCAUUAUUUGUGUUUCUAAAACCUGAUAAGAAUUCACUUUCUGUGGGAGCUCUCCUCUUCCUGAAAAUUGCAUUUGAAAAAGUGAGAUGUCUCGAUUCUUAAGUGGUCUUAUUCACUUUGUUGUUUUUCGUUUCCAACCUAUCAACCAUGCAUGCUGCUUGAAAACACCCUCACACAACUGUCAUGUUACCAUGCACUGGCCUUCUAAGACUCAUAAAAUAUAACAAAGUAGGAGCAACCUACCGCGGUUUUCCAACAUAAACGCAGUCAAAGGGACCAUCAGGAAACCCUUCCAGGAAACCCUGCGUCAGUGGUUCACUCCAUCGUUAUGAGGUAGCGGACAAUUGUGCUUGCUGUCUGAGAGUAUUCUGUGUUUUGUCCGUGAACCACAACAAUCAUAUCUCCUGGGUAGCAAUGCUUGGAGAAGAAUGCCUUGCGCAUGCGGCGCAUUUUGACUGACCUUCUCUCAGCAAAGCGAAUCCGCAGGCAUGAACUAAUUGCUUAAACACUCCGUUCGUCUGACCUGGCUCCAAUGAACCAGUUCUUAUGGGGCCAAAGAUCAGCAACAGUAGCAUGUCUUAACAGCCUCGAAAGUUGGACUGUAACUUGUUUCACAUAACGGUUGUUUCGAGGUUACUACGUAUGGAAAUUUACUAAAUUUGACUUUUAGACGCCAUUUUCACCCUGCCUCUAUCAUAUGUCCAUCUUAAGGUAGUCCUAACUCUAUGCAGGAAUCCUAUAAACACCUUACAUUGUAUAUUUCCCGUUAUUCAAACCAAAGGGGACGUGACUUUUUAGGAAACAUCUACAAGAUACAAGUGUUUUAUUAUUCUUUUCUGAGAGGAAGAAUUGACUUUGCAUUGUCAUAAAUUAACGCCACUAGCCUCCACCAAGUUCAGUCAAAGUUCUUGGACCAUAACCCACCGGCGGUCAAUAACUCAGUUAAACCUUAGCUCGCCAGAUAGAAGUUGUUUGGGAAGCAGCUAGGUAGCUUAAUUUUUUUCUUGUACUUAUGGGUUCCAAGGCGGACGUCUUCAUCAGACCGCACCAGUUGAAGGGUUCAGACGGCGGCGCGCGAAGUCUUGUUAGAUGACGGGCAACAGUUGCUAGGCAGUAACGCAGCUAUGCAUUGUUUGGGUGGAACUGGGUUUUGCAUUCCGAGGACGCCUGACCCUGUUGCUGCCUGCCACUUUAAUCAGCCACAGUCUCGCUGCAUUAACGCGUUUUGCCUCUGAACACUGUUGCAACCUGUAGACAACAGCUUCUUUAUAUCAACCGCUGCGUUGGCGUCGUCAUUCAAGUUUUGCACAGAAGCCAGCACGUGGUCGUAUGUGCAUAUUUUAAUGUACUUGUGCGCUGCCUAGUGAAUUUGAGUGAAAUAACGAGCCGUAAACCCGAGCCUUGUCAUCCCGACAGGCAAAUAAGUAGGUAAAACCGAGUCACCAGCACCAAACUGUCUCUCGCCUCUGGCUGGCAUAUGGUUGUAUAAAUGGUUGCUUGGCUAACUUUCUUCUUUAGUUUCUGGUCCCCUUUCAAUCCGUCAUAGGAGAUGGAAAUCUCGACUGUAUUCAUCAUCAUUUGUGUUGAACGAAAUGCCAUAUCGGUUGACCCGACUGUUACCUGGAGUAUGGGAACCCAGUUCAGGACUCAAUCACAUCGUCAGAUAGGAAAGUGCCUCAAGCAAAUGCCAACUAUCACUGCACCAAUAAGUAGGAGAAGAAGAGUGGCUGCUGGGCCACAACAGUCAUCUGAUUGGUCCGAAGCCUUGUUAAACACGACAUAUAGUUUAAAUUGCUGGCAGUUCUACAUCUCACCUCUCUGCGACUUCAUUGAUUUUCUAACUGGGACUACCCUCUGACCGUCCUUCUCAGUGCGAUCAUCUUCAUGAGUGGUUGGCUCUCCGUUUCAAGAAUCUCACUGGACCACGUUGGGUGAUAGUGGCGAAAAGUUGGAAGCUACUGCAGUUCGGAGGACAAUAUCAGUCGGGCUUGGCCCGCAUAGAAAACUCCUUUUCAUUGUGGCUUAACUAGCUGAGGUGCUUGUAGCCCGCUGGCAUGUCAUUCGAAGUUGAUCUUCCUUUUAGGAAGCAUUAAGCGUCGCCGCUGCUUUCGGAACCUGCUUGCAGCACGUCAUCAGCCGGACACCCUGCCACAUGUUCACUGGGCUUUCCGUGCCUCUGCCAGGAGUGACCUUCGCAGGAUCCACAGGGGGUAGUCCGAUGCGGGACAACUUCUUUCUCACCCACGACCUUCUGCAGCUCCUACUUCUACGUUCGAGCAGCUUGCGUAGAUCCGUUUUCGGAGAGGAUCGCUCAACAACUGGCUCCCGGAGAGGUUCCGGCUGGAGGUCAGGCCCAGCCAACGUAAUCGGUAGGCACUUUCUGUUACCCUCUCUGUUGUGUGUCACACGAUGACGCCCCUGGCGGGUUUUCGAUCAAGGCUAAACGAGUUCGUGAUCGAUUUUACUUUGACGGUAAAUGCUUUACUGCCUAUAUAGUACGUGUACAAUUUUACAGUAGUCAGCGCCUCUUGCUAUGUCGCGUAAGACGGUGCUGAUAAUAACGUAAUUUAUAGCUGCCACAUCAGCCAGCCUCAUUAUGCAAGCUUGUAUAGUCUAGACCCGUGACCACACUGCUUUGGAUGCGGAUUUGAAGGCUGUUCUAAUUCCAUCCACUAAGGCAACAGACAACCGUGCCACUUGUUGUCCGUAGAUUGUCUGAGGCCCAACUGUCGUACAAAAUGCUGUUCGCUUGCCGAAUGGCUGCUUCGGGCCAGUCUCAGGGGUCAGUUCUGCCUAAAAGGUCCAUGAAGUGGUAUUUCCACGCUCGAGUGACCAACAAAUGUUGUACGCGCAGACGCCGCAUUAGCCCCUGUGACCACCGUGUCCACGCCCACCUCCAGUCGUCUUAGUGUUUCCAUUGGAGCACAUUUGUUGCGGGAUGAAAAGUUGAGGUAUAUAAAACAGACGCCUGUUUCAUCAUAAGUAAACCACGCGUAAGUUACCAGUGUACCCUUUUAAGAAGUUCAUGGUGGAUGCCGUCACUUGCAAUAUACGAGAUGUCAUUUGCUUGUUUCGAUACCACCAGUAAUUGUCCUUGAUGAACUUGUAGCGUCAUCACCCUGCAACCUGACAAAAGGUCAGCAUUCAUGAUAGAAGAUUUCCAGCGUGCUCAUACAAACAUUAUCAAGACCAUGUUUUGUGUGUUUUUCGCCACAGUGUCACGAAUUGUCCUUAAGACGCCCCUCGACAAAUUUACUCACAGGCGACGUAUUCGUGUUAAGGCAUGUGCGCGCAGUCUUUAAAAAAGUCAACUAUGUCAUCUUUUUUGUUUGAAGGACUUAGGCCUCUCCCUACAGGAGGCUUAGCUCCAAAGGACGCAGAUACCAUACGCUAUUAAGGUCCUCCCACCCAUUCCGGCAACUAAAACGACCCAGACCCGAUGUCGAACUCUUGGUCAUAAUCUUAUCCUCUAUCGUUUAGUAAGAUACGAUAAUUUUGCAAGGAUAGCACAAUUUCCUACCUCUCAAAUUUACCUGGUCACACCGUCCGAUGCAACGACACACCAUGGGAAAUAAGUAAGGACGAUUUCACACCUCACAAGCUGACCACUGUCGACACUGCCUCUUGGUACACAGCUAUCUUUAGAAGUAUUUUGAGACCACUUCUGUCGUAUGUGGCAAGACUGAGUGUACCCGCGGAGGAUUUCAAGGGCAUAAUUGGCUGCAUAAUUGCCGGAGCACUUCGGAGUUUGCAAGAUGUCUAUCUGUCACCAGGUUCUGACCACCUAACUUUCAUUGGACCGGUGGUGCCCGACAACAGUGACCUAGUGAUGGUUUCUAUAUCUUCCCGCCUUGCAUUCAACUCCAGGAGAACCAGAAUUUUCUGCAGCUGUAUCCAUAACGAGUGCAGACGACUGCAUCCUCACCGUCACUUCUUUAAGUUUGAGACUAUUUCUGAAGUUAAAAGGUAGAAAGCCACUUCGCGACAGCUGCAACUUUCUGAUUUCUUUCCAAAGUUCACGAGAUCCUGUGUGACGGCUUUCAGACCAGUAUUGUCAUAAAAGUUCGAGUCCUUAAGACUGUCCGCGGAUCUUGGCCUCCCCUAGUACGAGCCUUUAAAAUGGGUACUGAAUUUAGAUUUGUUUCACCGAUUUAGUCUUAAGCCACUGUUGAGGCAACCUGGAACAAAUCUUUCAGAUUAUUCAGAAACGACCGCCCAAGGAAUUAGCAACGUCGACUUACACGGCUGGUGAUAAUAUUCGCCGUCCACAGCCCCUAUGAAACCAUUUUUAUGCCCUCCGAGUGGUCUUUAAUGCAUCAACGAGUGACAGGUAGCCGUUGCUAACUGCUUUUUUUCGCGGAUUCUAGCCGGAACUCAAGGCAUUAGUCGAAUGGUUGCACUACCUCUGUUGCGUUCUCUUUACGAGUCGCGCUUUGAUCUGGAGCUCUGGUCAGCCAGCUCCAAGAAUCGCCACUGGCAGACGAUAUCGGACCAGCUCUGGGUGCAACACAUGCCCUAUCCGCGUCACCCCUACGACCAAUGGCCCUGCUCCGCGCUCGGAAUGUUCGGCUCCCAGGGCAUCCCCGGCCUACGGUACUCAGAGAUUUGGCGCCAGCUGAUUGCCUUUGACUGCCUCUCGGCUUUCUCUGAAGCUGGCUUUGAGCAAGACCAUACCUCCGAGCCGGUAAAUUUUGUUCAUUUGGGCGUAAUUCUCAGUUGGCUUCCCGUUCCUGAACGGAGUUCAUUUUUCAAAUCGUGAAAGACCCUUUGGUCGUUCCAGUCUAUAAUUAUUCAAAUUUGGCAGAUAUUUUUCGAGUUUGCUUGGGUUGGUAAAUACUCAAAAAGAAUGUAUCUUUUGGUUAGGGUAGGUAUCCGCCACCAAAUCGACUUCGGACGCGAGCCAAUGUAGAAACUUCGCGACCGCCGAGGUCUAGCUUAUGCACCGUUUUGGGCCGUAGAUGAUACGGCCAUUAAACAGUUUGCUCGAUCUAAAUGACAAGAGCUUUCCUGGCCUGCCUUGUAGGAUUUGUACUCAAACUCAAAGUCGGAGGAAGACAUCAGGGAGGUGAAGGGACGCAGGAGGCGGCAGUAUUCAUAGGAUGCAUUUGCUAUGUCACCGCAGGUUUGUUGACUGACGGGGCACGGUUCAGUAAUCUGGACAGAGUACUUACAGGGGGGAGGCAGGUGAAUUUUCCGGACGACUGCACAGGAGAGCGAAGGUGGCAGUUAAAGUCGAUUGUCAAUACUGGAAAUGAGGAAGUUGUUGCCCCAGUUACGAACCCCCGCGGUGAAUGCUCGGUAGUCAAUGGUUCGAUCAACAGACCUGUGGCGACGUAGCAACCGCAUUCAUCAGCUCCCAGUUCCGCUUUUGCUCUCUCCGACUCUGAUGAGUUCGAAUGCGAAUCCGAGACGCAGACGAAUAAAAAUGGGUUCAGCCACCGAGUACUUCGUCUUCUUACUACCUGCAACUGGCCUCUUCGCAUGUAUCAACGCUGUUAUUCUUUGUGCACGUUUUCAUGCCCUUUUUUCACUUGCUGUAUCUCUGGUGAGUUGUCUGGACCAGUCUUAAGUUACUAAGCGACUUAUCUGACUACCACCUGCGCCUAUUUUCCCUACCUACCUUCAGUUAUUCAACCGUUAUUUUUUGCAGCGUUUACUUCGUGAAAACGGAACUACUGAAUGCCUACACGGCGAAACUUGAAUAGUGGUUACGUUAUAAGCCAUCUUGUCAAAUAAACAUCCCAAUUCUGAAAAAACUCGGAUAUUCGUGUUAGGGGCGAGGGUUUCCUAAUUUUUCAAAAAUAAUCACUUGUUUAACUUCCCACCGUUUUGUUUGCGUUACAACUGGCAGAUGCUUACCGCUUUCCCCCGGUCUUCAUAUACUCCUCUGCUGCCCUCUGUAAUGUAGGUUCGGAAUCUGUUGAAGCACUACCAAAAUACAGUGCUCAAAGCUGGUACUGCGAUAUCCUGUCGCGACGUGUUUCGUGCCUUCCGGGGGCGAGAUCCAAAACCGGACGCCUUCAUUAACGCACUCAUACCGAGGACCUCAGAAUCCGUGCCGUUACCAACUGAAGCCACUGACGCUCUUUCUCCGGGUGCGUAGAUCGUCUACGUCCGGAGGUUUUAGAUUUCAGGAUUAGCUGCCGCGACACGGAUUCCAAAAUGAAUCAACUUUAUUUUGAUCGCCUCCACUCUCGCAUGACGGUCACAAACCAACCUUGUUUUUUAUACUUUUGCCCGGAACUCCUUUUCUGUACAGAUCCAGGGCCCUCCAAAUUGUAGGGGGAAUAAAGUCUUUAGACAACCAAAAUAUACACUUCUUAUUCCGUAUGUUUGUUCGUUUCCUUGACUGUCUGCUUGGCCGGUCGCAAUUAUUUUUAAUUCCAAUUGGACUGUUUACGCGUGUCAGUACUGUUUAUUGGCCUAUGGACAAAGUUUCACCCCAUCCUGCCUAUGUCGUCUUUGCUGCUUGCACUUGUGACUACCUUAGUAUUUUUCAAGAUUCAUCUUGAGUUUUUUGGACUAAAUAGAACUUUUUCUGCUGACCAGCAUUUACACUGCUUUGUCUGGCUCUACGCGGUGGUGUUAGCUGGGCGCCUCCUGGUACAGAUUAUUUUAACGUUUGUCGUAAUUCGCAGUCCACCCAACCUCGUUAUCUAAAUCUAGUAGCUGCUAAAUUAAACAAGUCGCCCUUUGUCAACAGCCCUCUUCACUCAAAAACGCGGUAUUCCCCUUUUGCACCUGUUAGCCAACUGCAUAGCACUUCAUGCCAAAGCGAAGUUGUUACACCUCUCUAAAGUCAAAUUUAAAAUGGCCCCGUGUCUGUUUCCAAAAGGUUCGUGAUGCGAUUUCGUCGUCUCGAAUAAGAGUCGGGUGUUCUCACUCUCGUAGUGAAGUGCACAAAAGUAACAGUUAGAUGACUCGUCUAGUGUUGCCGGAAAUAGCUUGGAUCCUCGCAAAGUUAGCUGUCAGUCCUAGACCGAGCUGAGGACCAGACCGCAAUGGCUCUUUAACUCGGUAUUUAUGGUACUCAUGUGAGAUCCGGGACCCCCCACUGAGGACUGGCUCGUGUGAAGUUAGGAAUCAACAUACUACUAAUAAUAAUUUUUUAUUAAAGACCCGUCGGGGUCCCAUCAAAGCAAGUAAAAAUAAAUUUACAUAGAAUUUUAGACGAGGUAGGUAGACGUCUUGAACUUCUUCAGUCACCGUGUCCACACCCAGCCGUCUUGGCUUUGUCUUGCCACUUGGGUACGGUGUUUUCGAUAAGAGACGAUGGUUCAGAUGCAACACAAAUCUGUUUUACCACAAAAAUGUCACUGGCAGGUUAGUUGUCCCCGUCGUUUGUGGUUGACGAACCUACUAUAUGUCGGAAAAGUCGUACCACUCGGGUUCGGUUUCCUACCGUCAUGACACUUAUCUGUCCUUCUCCCAUCUCAGCUAGCAUAGGGAGAAACCGGUUCUAGGCCUCAGUUAUUUAAUCUGCUCUCUGAGCUCCGGCCGAACGAAUAUUCGUUGUCCUGCUUUUUCUAUCUGUGGAAGUUGUGACGAAUGCGUGCUCGGACGGCGGACCUCUUUUUGUUCUGCUUCUCUUUACUACCGUUCUUCGUCUGUAUCUGUCCCAACAGUCCACGUUCUAUCCGUAAUCGGUACGACACCGACGCGAUGCUGCCGUCAGCAAGAUCGAUAGGCCUGGCUCUGGAGUGGUCCUGCCACGGCGUGCCCUGGUUCAUUUUCAGCAUAAUCUGGUUGCUGGGCCUUUUCAUGAGCAACUUCAUGCCACCCCCUUCGCCCCAAUUCUACGAUCCGUACAUUGCACCGCAACCGAGGAAUCUGCACAGUUGGCGGGCGGUUUGUCUCUUCUGCGCCCUCCUCUUUGAUGUCCUUGUGGUGGGCGUCCUCAAGUUCCUGGUGAAACGCCCACGACCGGAGAAUCAUCAGAGCUCGGAUAUGCUGCUCACGGUCUCUAUUGAUGACUGGUCCUUCCCUUCCGGUGAGUACUUGCAUGUGCUUUAUUUUACUACACAGGAAGUCCGCUGAACACGCUGUUUACCAAAUUAGCCAAGAUCAGAGUCCCAGUGAUAUUCUAGUGCGAAUAACAUGCAAGCAUAUGAGGUGGCUGACGCUUCGAAUAGCUGGGUUUUACUGUCCGCCAUAAAAGGUUGUACCAUAACGAAGUCGAACCGGAGUCUGACCCGCUUACAGGGUUUUGUCGGCCUUGUUCAGACCGUUUUUUCUUAAUUCCUGCAAUCGAACCAGAGGAAUAACUUCCAUGUAUUGGCGUCUCUAUGCCCCCAUAUGUAAGCUCGAAAUUGCCAACUGCCUGCGGAGGCAGCGGUGACCGCCAAGACGAGGUUAGGACGACUGGGGAUGGAGGUGGGUGCGGUCGACUUGACAUAGUGUCUUCAUGCACGCAUGCCACACAUGUGCUGAUCCAAAGGUUUUCGGAUUUCUCAUUUAAAGAUGUCGUAAAAACCACACUGGGGAGUCGGUGUGCCUUGACCCUCAUUCUGGAAGCGACCGAUUUAUCCAGGCACUUGAUGCCUCUUCGCGCGUCGUUAUAGUUUAGCGCACACAGUGAGAAAGUAAGUGCCGGAUCACCGACCGGCGAUGAAAUUUGGCCUAUAAACUGACCCAGUAUGAAGUCCCUGUCAAUGUACGUCGAACGUCUUGCGCUCCACGCGCAUACAAACGAAGCUUCAAAAAGCGCUCGUCGGGACUUGCCAUGAUGACUACAUCAGGAAAGAAAGAUCGAAACUUGAAUAUCAGUCCAGCCAAAGAUCGAGUUGUUAACCUACCGCAGCUUUUAGCCUGUCGUUAGUUUUGAGGCGCCAGUGAACAAACGAGAUGGUAACGGACAAUUGAGGCAGCAGAAUAGGAAGGAAUGCUAAUCAGAACCAGACAGACAAGCUCGAAAUGUCAUCUAAAAUUCAGCUCGAGUAUGUUGUACUGCACGCACUUCCCAAGGGCUAACAGACCCAGCCGUCUGAAAUCCAUCACAGGUCUUGUCUCUCACCCGAAAUAUGCAGAAAACUACAAUCCCCAGCGUUUUGAAAAAAACAUUUCCAAAUGUGGCUUUGGAAGAAUGAUGCGAACAUCGGCGAGUUGUUUAGGUUCCCCUCUUGCAUGAAAGGGCGGCCAACCAGCUAUUGGUAGGGUGUCAAUCACUCUGUACCACUGUAUUCUAUCGUCUGCUCAGGUUCCGCGACUUCCGAUCUCGCAGUAGUAGACGGGACCUCCAGCCACCACUAUGAGGCUGUUGAAAUGUCGGGAUUCCCGUUCGAAAGACCACUUACGGUAGUCCCGACGACUGCGGUACACUUAACCCGAUAGUCGUCGGCAUUGAGGUGGGUGUUCAUCCUCCGCGUUCUCAACGAAAUGCGGAACAUGGCGUCGAGAGUUGUGGGGGUUGCAUGGUGAAAAUGAUUAACUCAGCUUUGGCCAUGGAGUUUCUGUCAUAGUUUCAUAUAGCGAAGUUUUAAGAACUUCGACUUAGUUGGUCGCGAUAGGACUGAUGGAGUUUCUUCCUAAUUUGGAGUAAACUUUUGACAUUAAUACUAUUGACUUCAGCUGGAUGACCAUAAGUUUUAUGCCUGCAGAGUUAGAUGAUAACCCGGUGCUGCUUCGAAGUCUUCGCAGUUGUCAUGCAGGCGCUGAGUCAGUGAAAUGCGCGUCCGCGAAUGCAAGUAGUAUCCGCGAUGGAUGCGCGGUGAAGGAAUUUCGUAUGCCAAACACGCCACUCGCCGCAAGGUUUGCGCGUGCUCACAACUUCGUUUUCCUAGAUAGCUUCACGUCUCUGGGGGAGCAAUCUCCUCCUCCACGGUUAAAGGGGCGGCAGUCCUUUGCAUUGGAACUGACCCAGUGACCUGGCUUUGUUAGUGAGAACAAUGCUCAUCACUGGCAAAAUGAACCCCCGCACUCUCGGGGUAGUCAUUGCUCCAAACUACCUAGGAGGCUCGAAUUCCAACGCCCUGUGAAUCAGUAAAUCUCAAUUCUUGCCAUAGUCUAGGCCUUAGGACCUGGUACUUUCUUUAAUACCCUGCUAAAAACGAGGUAGUUCAGAACCAUUGUGGGGGUGUCCCCGUCUUCUUUGUGUGGGAUUCCCAAGGUUUCAUUAGAGUGUUUAGGGCUCAACUUCCAUGCAACCUUUUCCAUUUACUCUCGUGCCGCACUUUGAAAACAUCCCUGACGGGACGUCAGUGUGGCUACGGUGCUGUCUAGUAAAGCGUUUUCAGAUUCCACCACUCUCUUCGCUAAUUUUUUAGUAUUCGCUUAUGUGUCCUUUACAUGUUCUUCCCUAACAGGGCACUCCAGCCGCGCCGCAAUGUUGCAAUGGUUGCUGGUCUGGCUCUUCUUCGAUCUCUCCAGAUACACGUGCGUCCUUAUUCACGUGUGGGCGGCGGCUGUCUGUAUUUCCCGACUCCUGAUGCGCCGGCACCACCUUGGUGAUGUCAUAUUUGGUUACUGCCUGGGUCUGUUUGAGUACUGGCUUAUAAGUCGGGUCGAAUGGGCCUACUGGUUUGGAUUUCUUGGCUAA